CUUCGAAUUUCGCUUGAAAAACAUUUUCGAAGCGGUCCUGAGCUUCGCUGAUUCCGAUGCGGCGGCUUUGGUUGGCUUUCCCCUUGCUGGCUCUUUGGCGGGUGCACUUUCCCCGCGCCUUCACUGAGCUGCGGCUUCGACGUAGAGAUUGCUACGCUGGUGCCUUGCUUUUCAGCCAACAAGCAUCAGCGGAGGAGGGGUCCGACCUCUCCCAGUUCAUUCGCUUUGUCGAGCAGGACCAGAUUGGUUGGCAGAUCAAACUGCCCAAAGAUUGGAUCACAAUUCGCAAGGAGGCGGCGCCCAAAGGCUCUGAAGGUGGCGCCAAGUCGUUGCUCUUUUCGGGUGGACCCACCCAGAAGUCUGAAAUCAAAGUUCUCCGAGCUUCCGUGGGAAGUAGCAAGUCCAAUACUCUGGAUUUCUUCCUGUCCAAAGCGCCCACUAUGACGAAGGAGGAGGCCGCAGAGGCUUUGAGCAAGAGCUAUGAGAAGAAGCCAUCGACCUUCCGCUUCAAACUUCUGAAAUCCAAAGUGGUGGACCGCAGCAGUGGGCGGAUCCUGAGGCGUGUCAGCGCUCCAGACUCCCCACGCAUUGCUUCCUACUCUUUUAAAAAUUAUUGUUAUUCCUUUCAUCUCUUUGAUAAAGUGCUGUCAAGUCCAAGGUCCAAGACCCUUAGAAAGGUCAAAUCGAGUGGAGUUUCGAGAUGUCUCGAGUCAUCUCUGAGGUAUGGCUUCAGCGUUGCACGCUGUGAAGGCGCACAGGCAGAGAUUGAAGGCCAGCGAGCCUGCGUCAAGCCGGGCACUGAGGACAAACUCGAAGCAAUUGCGAGGCAUUGGGAGGUGGCCACAACGGUGACCUCCACCGAUGGCCAUGAGCCGUAUGCUCUUUGGAUUGUGGAAUGCAGUGUGCCUUCUGAAAGCUGGAAAGAAGAGGCGCCGCAAAUCAAAGAAAUCGUGGACAGCUUUGGUGUUGGGACCAAGGCCCAGCUUGAUGAGCUCACAUGAGAUGAUGAAGUCGUCUCUGAAGAAAAGGCAAUCCAACUAGCUCAGAGUGACCAUGACAACAGAAGUGGACAAGUAUAGCCGCAUAGCCAAGGGGACACAAGGGACGGAAAGAAGGGG